AUGGCCGGCGAAAUCCAACCCGGUGGCUCCAUGGCAGCGGCUCACUCCCCCAGCGUUGGUCUCCGCGUUUUCAUCCAGGACGAAGCUGGCUAUGUCCGUCAGUCUCAAUACGCGAACGGCAAGUGGCCCCUCCCAACUACUCUACCGACCCCCUUCGGUGCUGACGCUGCAUGCGCGCAAAUCCGUAUCUUCUACGUCGACCGCUCCGACAAUGUGCAAGAACACUGCAUCGACAACGCCGGCGCCUCCUGGUACACGGGCAUCUUCGGGGUGUCGAAGAAGGCGCCGCCAGCACCGAACACGCGGCUCGCCGUGAACGGCUGGACGACCGUGGGGGUCGCGGGCUUCCAGCUGCGCGUGUACUACCAGGCGCCCAACGGCGUAAUCGUCGAGCACGGCUGGUGGGUCACGGUGUGGGCGCCGGGCUCGCCCAUGCCGAUCGCGCUCGCGGGCACCGCGCUCGCCACACCAGGCUUCCUCGGCGCGACGGCAACUCAUCCAGUCCUCCGCCUGUACUAUCAAGACGCCACCGGCUGGGCGCGGGAACACGUCUUCACGGAUACCUACUCGAACGAGCUCAUAGAGCUGAGCCGUAACAAUAACACCUGGGCUGCUAGCGCGCCGCAUAUCACCGGCACUACGCCCACCUCCAUGGUUUCCGCGGCUAUCAUUAAUGGUCCCCAGCCGCAGCUGCAGGCGUUCUACCAGAGUACCCCCGACCAGCUCCAGGUGGUCGAGUGGAUGUCUAGCCAGAGCAACUGGAAGUUGGGCCCGGUCGUGCCCACCGGAGAUAAGAAAAUAGAUGUAGGGGCGGCUGAGGCCUCCAGAGCUAUGCUUUGA